UUUGUAAGUGACAUGAAGCCGGGAAACCAGCGUCCCGAGACAUCAGACAGCAAGUCUCAGAAGGCCCAGGACAGGAAGCGAGUUGCGAAGGGGCAGAGCAGACCGGGUCUCGUCCAAGACAGUGAGCAAAAUAGACUCGUGGACAAUGGGUUCUGCCUCAGUAUGCAUCAGCCAUGGGCUUCUCUUCUGCCCUGGCCUUUGUUUCUUUCUGCUCUCUCUUUCUCGCUUGCCAUAUUUUACUCGUUGCUACUGACGAUUAUGGUGGCGGUAAUGUUGAUGAUUAUGAAGGCGGCUGGCAUUGUCUUUUUCAGAGAUGAAGGACGGACCUGGUACUCCGCCCAUCGCGGCCCCCUGUGGAUAGCUGCCGCGGCCAAAGUGCCCGAAGAUUUCGAAAUACAGGCUGUCGAGGAAGAGUGUCUAAGCCACGGCUUCACUUGGGUUAGGUUAUUUCUCUACAUUUUUCUCAUUCACCCUGGCGUUAUGCUGGAGACGGUCUACCUGUCUUCGUCGGACACAAACUUGGGUCGUUUCCUUUACUUUCGCGGUUCACUCGCUUAG